CUUUAAUAUUAUAUGCGUUGUCUCGUAAUUUAAAUCGCAAUUCGAUUGUAAAUCGGGCUGAUCAGGCUAGUCCGUUUGGACUGGUGGGUUAAAGUGGGCCAGCCCGGCGGGUUACUGAAAUUGAAAAAAAAAAUCGAAAUUGAAAUCAGAUUUUAGGGGUUGCUUCAGCGUUCAGCGCGCCUCUUUUCCAUUCUUCCUUGAGAUUUUAGGGUCACUCUGCAUCUGCCGCCGUUUGCCACCGACCCGGCACCACCUCCAGCCACCGGUCCGCGUCAGCUCCUCCACUCGCGGCAUCUACACCCGUCGGGGCGCCGCGCCGAUCAACCAACGAACAUCCUCCUUCUCCAAGUUUCACUCUCAAUCACUCACCGGACGCCGCCUCAAGAUGUCUCGAAGAUAUGAUAGCCGUACAACAAUCUUUUCCCCGGAAGGGCGCCUCUACCAAGUUGAGUACGCGAUGGAAGCUAUUGGAAAUGCUGGGAGUGCUAUUGGGAUUCUGGCUAAAGAUGGAGUUGUGUUAGUCGGUGAAAAGAAGGUCAUAUCCAAACUACUUGAGACCUCCACAUCAGUCGAGAAGAUGUACAAGAUUGAUGACCAUGUGGCGUGUGCUGUGGCUGGGAUCAUGUCUGAUGCCAAUAUCCUGAUCAACUCAGCGAGGCUCCAGGCGCAGCGCUACACGUUUGCCUACCAAGAGCCAAUGCCACUCGAGCAACUUGUUCAGUCUCUAUGUGACACCAAGCAGGGCUACACACAGUAUGGUGGCCUCCGCCCCUUUGGUGUUUCGUUUCUGUUUGCAGGGUGGGACAAGAAUUACGGGUUUCAGCUUUACAUGAGCGACCCUAGUGGGAACUUUAGUGGCUGGAAGGCUGCAGCAAUCGGGGCAAACAACCAAGCUGCACAGUCUAUACUCAAGCAGGAUUACAAAGACGACAUCACCAGAGAAGAGGCCGUUCACCUUGCUAUAAAGGUGCUCAGCAAGACCAUGGACAGCACGAGCCUCAACUCGGAGAAGCUUGAAUUGGCCGAGAUAUUCCUGUCUGCUGGGAAGGUGAAGUUCCAGAUGUACCCUUCUGAUAAGGUCGACAAGAUGUUGGUGAAAUCGGGAUUAACGCAACCUUCUGCAGACUCGUAGUGAGCUUGAUGUACAUUUGCCUUGCAUCUUUCGAGUAAUGUCGCUUCUUUACCGUAGCUUUUUAUGUAUUUGUACUCUUGAAAACCAAGUGUUCAUUGUACUGUUGAAAUUUGAGCAAUGGCCCUUUCGUGCA